AUGACUCGAUCUGUCGAGGCCAAUGGUGCCAGUGGAGAGGCACCACUCAAGCCUAUCGAAGCCACCGAAGCAUACCGCAACAAAUACCCUGUUGCCUAUGAACAAUCCAAGCUUCCCUUCGAUACUCCUCGUCGUGUGAAGAUUAUUCUUGCCGGUGCGGGUGUCAGCGGAAUUUCUUUUGCUCAUGCUGUGCAAAGCGGCCAAUUGCCCAAUGUCGAUCUCCAGAUCUUUGAAAAGAAUGCUGGCUUAGGAGGAACAUGGCUCGAGAACCGCUACCCCGGAUGUGCCUGCGACAUCCCCUCCCACAACUACUUGUUUACAUGGGCACCUAACCCCAAUUGGUCCUCAUUUUACGUCUCGGCGCCUGAAAUUCUUGAGUAUAUCGAGAAUGUAGUCGAUAAGUUCGAUUUGACGAAAUAUGUUACAACUUGUCGCAAGAUCACCGGGGCUGUCUGGGACGACCAGAAACAAAAGUGGAUCGUCACCAGCAAGAACACAGAUGGCCGUCGCACUAUCGUUUCCGCCAAGGGUGUUUCCGAUGGAGAGGUUGGCGACGACAUAGUGCAGGAAUGCGACGUCUUCAUCAAUGCCAGUGGGUAUAUGAACAACUGGAGAUGGCCCAAUGUUGCCGGUCGCGAGAAAUACCAGGGUACUCUCGUUCACAGUGCCAACUACGAUCCUGAGAUUGACCUUCAUGGCAAGAGGGUCGCUGUUAUCGGCAACGGAAGCAGUGGAAUCCAAGUCACUGCAGCUGUUCAGAAAGUCGCCAGUCAUGUCGGGGCGUACAUCCGAUCCCCAACAUGGGUGACAGCCAACCUCGGCUCUAGAUUCAUCGGGCAAGGGGUAUCCAACAUGCUUUACGACGAGGAGCAGCAGAAGAAGUGGAUUGAGAACCCAGAAGAAUACCUCACACUUCGCAAGGAAAUUGAGAAGGAAUUGAACUUCCGAUUCCCCUUGUUUAUUCAAGGAAGCGAGUUCCAGGAAAUGGCUCGCAAUUUCACCACCAAGGAUAUGCGCUUCAAGCUGGAGAAGAAGCCUGAAGUCGCUGACCUCCUUAUUCCUUCUUUCGGCGUUGGAUGUCGUCGACCCACUCCCGGACCAGGCUAUCUUCAGGCGCUCGCUGCUGAUAACUGUGAGGUUGUCUGGGGAGAAAUCGACUCCUUUACCAAGACUGGUCUGAAGUCCCACGAUGGUACGGAGCGUGACUUUGAUGUCAUUAUCGCUGCCACUGGAUUCGACAUGUCCUUCAUUCCUCGUUGGCCCGUCAUCGGACGGAAUGGCGUAAACCUCCAAACGCAAUGGGAGAAAGACCCAGCCUGCUACAUGUCAGCGAUCGCGCAGGACAUGCCCAACUAUUUCAUCUAUAUGGGACCCGGCAGCCCAGUCGGCCACGGCAGUAUGAUCACUUCUAUUGAGCGCAUCACUCUGUACCUGGUAGACAUGAUCAGAAAGUUGCAGCGGGAGAACUACUCUUCAUUCCAUCUUAAGGAUGGAAAGGCGAAGGCUUACCAGUUCCAGAUGUUGUCAUGGUUGGACAAGACGGUUUGGGGUGACUCUUGCCAGAGCUCAUUCAAGAAUGGCGACGCGAGUGGUGCAUUGCAUGCUUUCCAUCCUGGUUCACGGCUGCACUACUUUGAACUUCUUCGUCGCCAUCGCUAUGAGGACUUUGAGUGGGAGAGUCGAUGCCCCGAGCCUCAGUUGGACUUUGCUUGGCUCAACAAUGGGUUCCUGUCGCAUGAGUUGUCGAUUGAGGAGGAAGCUGAUCCUACCUGGUACUUAGAUCAAGAUCCGGUUACUCUCACAAGAUUUGUCAAUGGAAACUAG